AUGGAAUGUGAGGAGACAUGGUGGAAACAGAGAUCAAGAGAAUUAUGGCUUAAACAUGGGGACAAAAAUACCAAGUAUUUUCAUAUGAAGGCUAACAUUAGAAGAAAUAAGAAUAAGAUUGAAAAAAUCACUGACUCUCAUGGACACACUCACACUGAUGAUGGUGGAAUAGAGAAAGUUUUAGUGGAUCACUUCAAGACUUGGUUCACAAAACAAGAUGCUCAAGCAAUACCUGAUACUAUCACAGUAGUAAAAGAUAGAAUCAACACUGACAUGUACCAAGAGCUGAAUAGACAUUUUACUAAAGAGGAAGUAUUUCAAGCAAUAAAGGACAUGAAAGCUCUUGCAGCCCCUGGCCCUGAUGGUUUACCUGCUAUAUUCUACCACACUCACUGGGAGGUCAUUGGAAAGGAGGUAACUGACAUGGUGCUAAAUGUUCUUAAUAACAAUGGUGACCCUAGCCACCUAAAUAACACGUAUAUCUGCCUCAUCCCAAAAAUAAAUAACCCUGCAUCCCCUAGUGACUUUAGGCCCAUAUCCCUCUGUAAUGUUACACUCAAGAUCAUCACCAAAACCAUAGCCAACAGAAUAAAAACAAUUCUACCGGAUGUGAUUAGCCCUAACCAAAGUGCCUUCAUACAAGGCAGACUCAUUACUGACAAUGCCCUCAUUGCCUCUGAGAUUUUUCAUUAUCUUGCCCAUACUAAAAGGAAAAAUGGUCAUGUUGGGAUCAAGACGGAUAUGACAAAAGCUUAUGACAGGGUUGAAUGGGAGUUCCUUGAGGCAACUAUGUCCAUUAUGGGGUUCCCAGCUACUAUGGUGCAAACUAUUAUGAAAUGUGUUUCUACAGUCAAAUUUUCCAUACUCAUCAAUGGUUACCCAUCACAAGAGUUCUAUCCUCAAAGGGGACUCAGACAGGGAGACCCUCUCUCACCCUACCUUUUUAUUAUCUGUGCUAAUGUUUUAUCGGGGCUAAUAUCAAGAGCCCAACAAGAAAAACUUAUCCAUGGGGUCAAAAUAUCCCAAGGGGCUCCUGAAAUUAGUCACUUACUCUUUGCUGAUGACAGUCUAAUUUUUUGCAGGGCAACUAGUAAGGAGGUCUCCACCAUCCAUGAAAUAAUUCAAGCUUACCAAAAAGCAUCUGGACAACUUGUUAACUUAGUAAAAUCUGAAAUGCUUUUUAGCAAAGGAGACACUGCUGACAUUAAAGGGGAAGUAUCUAGAAUCUUGCCUAUGCAAACUGUAGAGCACUUUUCAAAAUAUCUAGAGACUAUCACGCAAGUUAAUGGUACUGCAAUUGCACAACCGAUAGAGAGUCCAAGUUCACAUGACCUGCAAAUUUAUGGGAUUGUUGUGACUAUUGUGUUAUGCUUUAUUUGGAAAAAGCUUAAAGGAUGGAAGGAAAAAAAUCUAUCUUUUGCAGGAAGAGGCACUCUAAUCAAGGCUGUGGCUCAAGCCAUCCCUACAUAUAUUAUGAGCUGCUUUCUCAUUCCUAAAGGGGUACGUGAACAACUUGAAAGAAUGAUAUGUAACUUUUGGUGGGGAAGCACCACUGACCUCAGGAAAAUACACUGGAUAAAGUGGUCAAAGGAUGACAAAUGGAUACAGCAAAAAGCUACUAGUUACAAGGUAAACCCUAGGCCUAAUGAUCUGAACCUCACCAAAGUCAAGGAGCUUAUGGAUAAUAACUAUCAUGAAUGGAAUGAAACUAUUAUAAACCAAAUUUUCCACCCUUAUGAUGCUCAAAUGAUACUAAAUAUACCUAUCAUUGACAAAACACAACCUGACACAAUUACAUGGGAAGGUACACAGGAUGGACAAUAUUCAGUAAAGUCUGGCUAUAAUGCUAUCAUGAAUUGGGGUAGUCUGUCAAAUGCUACCUCUUCCAAUAACACUCAACAUAUCUGGAGCACCCUUUGGAAGCUAAAUGUACCCCCUAAGCACAGUCACCUACUUUGGAGAGCUCUAAAAAAUGCCUUACCAGUGAAAGGCAAUUUAUUCAAAAGAGGGGUCAGAUGUGAACCCUUAUGCCCUCGAUGCUCAAAUACUACAGAAACAAUCAAUCAUGUGUUCUUAGAAUGUGAAUGGGCAAAACAAGUAUGGUUUGCCUCAUCUUUGAAUCUAAACCUAAGGCUCAACCAAAUCUCUGAAUUCUUCGACUGGAUCAAUUUUAUGAAAAACAACACAGAUAAAGAAUGCAUGGAGAAGAUUACAGCUAUCACCUAUGGAAUAUGCUUCAAUGCGUUGAACCAGAUACAGGAAUACCAGCUCUAUGGCUUUGAGCAGCAAAUCCAAAAUCCGUGCGUGAGAACAAAAGGUUGCAAUAACGAUAUAAGCUGGAGUCCACCACCUAGGGGCACCCUGAAGAACAAUGUGGAUGCUCACCUAAGCAGUGAUGGCCAUUGGUUAACAGGGAUGAUUCUAAGGAGGUCGGAUGGGAGCGCCAUCAGAGUUGCAACUAGGGCUCACAAAGGGACGACGGAUGUAAUAACAGGCGAAGCUUUUGGGCUAAUGGAUGCAAUUGAAUGGAUCGAAAGGGGGAUGGGAGAAAGGAAGGUGAUAUUUGAACUUGACUCGCAAAUUGUUGUGAACGCUGUUAAAGAAAAGAGUGUGAUUCGCAGAAGCUGGGGCUAUAUCACUCGGCGCUGCAAAACCUUCCUCCAAAACAACCCUAAUUCGUCGAUAGAAUGGGUUCCAAGGGUGAAGAAUCGGACUGCUCAUGAAAUUGCAAUUUGGGCCGAAUCAGAACCCAACAAAGAAUGGAUUGAUAACAUCUCACCUUGUAUUCUGCCCUUUAUCCAAAAAGAUAAAGGCAAUAUUACUCCUUUUUCAGUUUAUGUUUAA